AUAAAAAUUACGAUAUUUUGUAGGUAUUGGGCCGUAACUAACGUAGAUUAUAUCCACACACGAAAUAGCUACAGAAUAGGAAUUAUGAUAAUAAUAAUAUGGGCCAUCGCAUUGGUCGUUUCGCUGUCCCCUCAAAUCCCCCAUUCAAAGAUCCGGACUACCUGUUCAGAAUAAACGAAAAAAAAGCAGUGUUUAGUGUCGCAGGACGUCAAAUAUCAAAUAUUUGCAAACCAGUUCCACGUUUUACGUUCCUUUAUUGAUGAUAUUCAUUUUAUACUGGAAGAUAUUUCAAACUGCUAGAAAGAGGAUUCGAAGGAGGAGAGAAAUGAAUUCACACAACACGGAUAAACCGCACAAAAUGAAAUUAGAAACUAGUAACAACGGCCAAAUACACAAAAGUUUUCUUACUAAAAGAAAAUUUUUAAGAUUAAAGAAGGAUCCCGAUAAAAAGUCCGCAGCGGCAGAAGCUUUGGUUAAUUCCUUAAUGACUAUGGAAGGUCAAUCUACAACGACUACAAUAGAACUAAUGGAUGAUACAGAUGAUAAAGAGAAAUCUAUGUUGGCUCCAGAUGCAUCCAAAAAUCUAAGUUUAGCACUAACAGAAGCUCAAAAGUCUACACCAGAGACUCCUAAUAUUCAAAGCACCUUCCAACAGCAAGAAACUACAGCAUUUACUAUUUCAAAGCCUCUAGAUAACCAAAAUAAUAUUUACCAAGAAAGGACAAAUAACGGUUCAGCCGGUGAGCAAAGCACAGUCGUCAGCCGAGCCGGAACACUCAGCAAAGAACCUCCAACUUGUCCGCAUCUGUCGACAAGCUCCUGCCGUCCAAAAAGGAGAAGAAGGAGAGUUUAG